AUGUCAGUUGCACGCACACCUACGAAAAACAGUUCCAAAUCUAUUUCUCCAACACACUAUGGAUCCGAUUCAGCUAUCUAUACCCUCGAGAGCCAUGAACAUAAUAUAGAUGUUAAUAUUAAAAAAAGAUCUAAACGCCGGUUAAAUAAUCCACCCAGCACCUCCGAUUUAACAUUAGCGGACCUAAUGGUAAGAUUGGAUGAAAUGAAUAAAUUGCAAGAUGCUAAGUUCGCUUCUUUGGAGUCAUCCAUGAACGCUUUAUCAAAGCAAAAUGACGAAAUCAAGGACACAGUUAUACAUUUGUCCGCUAAAUAUGAUGAUGUUUUAAAUAACUUAAAAAAACUUCAACAAGAAAAUGACUUUUUUAAAAACCGCAUUAAAACACUAGAAGGGAAGCUUGAACAAUUAGAAAAAAAUGCACGAACAACCACAGUUGAAAUAAGAAAUGUUCCGAUGUCUGAAUCCGAGGACAAGGAAAAUUUAAUUGAAUUUACAAAAAAGUUCGGCACAGUAAUAAACGUUCCGAUUCAGGAUUCGGAAAUUCGUGAUGUGUUCCGGAUGAAGCUGAAAAACAAACCAAACGGUCCUAUCAUUGUCGAUUUCACAUCAAGUGUUAAAAGAGAAAAGGUGAUUGUAUUGAGUAAGAGUACAAACCUCGAACUUGAAAGACAUGAGCUCGAACCGCCAUUCGAUUUAAUCAUUUGGUUUUGA